AUUCAAUCAAUAAUUAAGGUAAAAUGUAAUCUUUAAAAAAGUCAGGUAUUGUAUGAAGAUAUUUUAAAAGCCAUACAUGCCUCAAACUCCUAUUACAAUGUUCUGACUGGGGAUUUUACCACAACGCUGGGCAAAUGAAGCAGUUCAGAGUUGAAAGUGGGACGAUUAGGGUAUGGACAACAGAACGAUAGGGGUCACAAUGUUGGCUGACUUCAUGGAGAAGGAAAUCUUUCAUCUUCUUGAUGAAUCUUCUUCUUCAAGAAGCCACCACACAGGAAAUGGACCUGAAUGGGCCUCGAUGUUUCCACGAAAAACGAGUUAAGAAGAUUAGAAACUUCAUCUGGUCUAUCAUGGCAAUUAUUCAACGAUGUUUCUGUGAUCCACGGGGUGAAAACCGGCAGUAAUCAUGGAAUGGUAAAAGCCCAAGUACCAAUGCCCAGAAAUGGCAGAGACUUUGGACACAGUAGAUAUAUUACAAGCAGUAGUUGGACUUCAUACUAAAGGUCGAAACGCGAGCUAUACCUACGCAGCUCGUACGUGGGGUGAUCGUGGGGUGUAGACCGUUGCGACUGUGCCGCGGUGACGAACGCAGUGUAUUGGAUUUUUUAAUUAUGACGACUAGGAAAAAAGUUAUUAUUUUUAUAAAGUUUGAUUAAUAUUUUGUAUUCUAAAGGCAUAAUUUAAUAAAUAUAUAUAUAAAUAAAUGCUUAAAUGAUAAAAUUGUGUAAAUAGGUAAAUGACGUAAACGUUAAUAUAAUAUUAUUAAAUAAUUAUUUAUUAACUUCUUCAUUUAGGUUGUUUUCUUUGAUUAUUAUGUAAUACAUAGAUUUAAAUCUUAUGACAUGUAUGUUUUGUAUACCUGUAUUUUAAGGUAAUAAAGAAGUUACGUAAAGAAGUUGUUUGAAUUUAACAACAUUAUUGUGUUGCUCAUACUUUAAUGUAUUUGAAUAAAAAAGUAAAGAGCCAGCUGAUAUCAAUAUACCUAUCCAGACUUUUUUAUUAAACUACUAGCGAACCCGGUCAAUCUCAAUUUGUUUUUUGUAGUUCCUUCCCUACAUGCCAAGUCAGGGUCAAUUUUUUAUCGUCUAUUCUAUAGUGUGGGGGUAUCGUUAUCGGUAUUUUUGUACAUUACAUAAGGGGUUAAAGUGCUAACAUAAUCUACGGAACCCUACACUGCGCGUGGCCCGACACGCACUUGACCGAUUUUUUUAUUAUUUGGUCACCUAGUGUGGUGGUAAUAGAUAGAUGGCAUCACCAAAAUAAAUAUAUGAAGGUCCUUCAAGAUCAUUGAUUAGUAUCAGCCUUAUUUAAAUCUACCAAUCAAAAAACAACACGCAUUUUAUUGAUCACUUCCUAUUUUACUACAAUUUACAAAGUAUUUUAUUUGUUUAUUUAAAAAAAAGUAUAUUUACAAUCACAUAACUAAAUGGAAACACAAAGUUGGCAAAUGUAAUUAAAAUGCUGGAGGCAGGCAGCCCUAUCACAUGUUUACGGAGCGCGCGGCUGUAGGUAUUUAUUUCAAAAAUAUGGCCGAGUUAUUAUACUGCUUGUAAUAUAUCUACUGUGCUUUGGAUGACCAUGCUCAAUGACCUCAGCAGAGUGUCACGUGCAUUUUUACAACCUGUUAAGACCAACCAGGUGGGUCUGAAAAUGCUCAUAUACCGCCCCAUCCAGUUAUUGUUGAGUACGUUGAAAAAUUCGAAAUUGUAGAUGUUAGGUUGGUUUAACCCAUUUGAGGUCACUGUACGCAACUGAGUACAGACAUAUCCAUAGGUGUAGAUUGUAAAACUCGGAAAGUUAACUAGGGUAAUCAUAUAAUUUUACUUUAUUAUAAAACUGUUUAGAUAUUUUGUUAAACAUUAUGCGGGUAGUGUGUCAUUUUUUGAUAAAUAGUGACAGUUGAAGUUGCAUCACGGAAACAUUGUGCACGUAAGUGAAUGAUAUUAUAUUUUUUUUCAUAACCAUCGAUUAAAAGUUUGUUUUUUCAUAACAUUUGUAGAAAAUAGAUGUCAAAGUAAGAUUUGAAUUAGAAUACAAUAAGUAAUUUGCAACCACAAUGAAACUAGGAUCAUACAAAUUGUACUGUACGCGUUUGCGUACAAUGACAACAUACGUAAGUAAAAUAACUGGUUUAGUUUACAUAUUCCUUACAAUGAAUAAACAACAAUUUACACCUCGAGAAUGCUACAUAGAGCUUGAGGAAGCUGUUGAUGGUGUUUUACGAGGUAGUGAUAAAGAUGAAAGUGAUUUUGCUAUUAUACCACCCGAUCCAAGUGCAUUGACUGAUGAAGAGGAAGGUGCCGAAGAGGAUGUAGCAGGGUGUUUCAUGCCGCAUGAUGUACCUGACACUAUAGAGGUAUUUACGAAUCCCGAAGAUGGCAGUAACGACGAUAGUGAUGAUGAACCACUGGCGUAAAAAGAAGACGACAAGAUGUUACCCGCCAAUCCGAUCCAAUGCCAAUCUGGCGGAAAUGUGCCCCUUCAUACACUUCAACAUUACAACGUACUAACAUACAAGUCAGUGAUAGGAAAAUGCGAUUCGUGAAGAGCUAAGAGGCCUAAAUAUCAUAUAGCAAACUUUACGCAAAUCAAAACAAUCGACACGAGUUUUGAUAUUUGGAUACAUCGAGAAACAGUGUACUGGUCUCUAGAUGAAGAUAUAGGCUUGGAAUUCGUCGCCGAAUCUAUAUCAAGACAUAAGUUCCGGGAUAUAGAAAGAAACCUUCAUCUUGUUGACAUCAACUUAGCAGCAACAUCUAAUGAUAAAAGAUAAUGCAAAGAUAAUAGUGUAUGUACAAUGGCAACUAACUACGACACCAUAGAACCAUUAGGUACUGUCAAGCGAAGCAGUUCCAAAAAAACGAGAGAAAACAGAUGUAACGAUACCACAUUUAUCUCAAACUUACAACAAAAAUAUGGGUGGUGUUGAUGAACUUGACCAGUCUAUCUCGUUAUACAGAAUUGCUGUUCAUGGUAAAAAGUGGUGGUGGGUGUUAUUUACUUAUUUGUCUGUUGCUAAUUUUUAGUUUAUAUGUAAUGAGUUAUGAUACUAGUAACGAUAAACGAGUAAUGAUACUAUACUAUGAAUAGGUCACUUUCCCGUCAAAACUGAAACACCGCUGCAGUGUGUCCUUUGUCUUGCAAGAGUGCGCUGGUAAAGCAGAAGUGUCUCAAAACACUUUGUGUUGAAAAAGCGUGUUUAGAAAAUUUUUAUACAUAAGCGGUCAUUGUACUCAGUUGUGUACACCCCUGUAAUUUCAUGAAAACUAAUAUUUUUCAGUAUUUUUUUUAAUUUCAUGCCUUUUUCUUUGUUUUUUAAUAAGUAAGUAAAGAUUAUUCAAAAAUAUCAUUUGUACUUUUCAUUUGACCUCUAAUGGGUUAAUUUCGAGAAAGAGGUGAACCGCCGAAUCCAACUCGGCUGGAUCGCAUUCGGGAAACGUCGCUACAUAUUUUCGUCCGAAAUUCCUCAGUGCCUGAAGACAAAAGUCUUCGAACAGUGCGUAUUGUCAGUGAUGACCUAUGCUUCCGAGACUUGGUCGCCUCAUAAGAAGGCUCAGAGUCACACAGCGGGCGAUGAAACGAGCUUUGCUCGGAGCAUCUCUGCGUAAUCGGAUCAAUAAUGAAGAGAUCCGCAGUAGAACCAAAGUCACCGACAUAGCUCAAUAAGUAGCGAAGAUCAAGUGGGCGGGGCACAUAUUUGAAAGAGCCGAAGGACGUUGGGGUUCCAAGGUGCUGGAAUGGCAACCCCUCACUAGAAAGCCGGUAUCGGACGACAAUGACUGUUUAUCUUCAUAAGAUAAUAACGUCGUUGAUGCAUCUAGACCAACAGGUCCGCACACGACAAGAUUUAAGUGGGUACUUUAAACUGUCGUGCUCUAUUUCUUUACUAAAUGAUUUUUUCUUCGCAAAACAAUGAUUAGAUAAGAAACUUCAAAUACCUAUUGAAUUGUUUUGCAUACAGCAAAAACGUGUAGCUAUGUCAUUCCUUCAAUAAAUAUAAGAAAAUCAUUCUGGCCUGUCUAAAUGUUACAUUCUCACGGGCUAAGCAUCACUCUUUUUAAGAAAGGUGUGUGAAGUUUAAAGCCACCACGAUGCUCUAAUGGUGGGUUUAAACCUAUUUAUUUUUGUCUUAUAGUUAUCUAACAAUUACUAUUAAAAGUUAACCACUUGCUCUUCGAGGCACGGGAAUGUACUUUUUAAUUUGUCUGCACGCUUAAAAUUUUUGAAUUAUGCGUUGGAAUUUAAUGUGGUUUGAACUGAAUUCGUAAGACCUAAAACACGUCCACGCGCUGCCCUGUGUCCGUUAAUCUAUAGCAUAGUCAGCGACACAGCAAUGCUGUUUGGUUACAGUACUCGUACUUUAUACUAAAUUUACUAAAUAUCUCCAUCUUGCUGAGCCAAGGAGGUCGUAAAAAGUAGGUUGUAGUAUUUCAAAAGUUAAGAUAAAUGUAUUGUUUAACACUUUCAUUACCGCUACGAUUUUCACGAUGUUUUCUCGGGAGCCGCCUACAUUUUACGUUGGACUCGCUAGGUGAGUCGCCGGCGCUGCGAUACGAAUCAUUCGACUCGCCACGCGAGUUCAGUGGCAUUGCGUUAGGGUAAAAACUAUGUUCUGUUAUUUUUGUGGCCGUGACAGUGUACGUUACGUGUUUAAAGCAAUUAACUAGUAUAUGGUGUAAUUUAACAAAAAGAAAAUGGCAAGAAACACUAUAAAUAAACGAAAAGGUAAGUUUGUUUCGUAAUUUAUGCAGUGGCUCUCAAUCUUACAAAUACUGAUUAUUGUUGAUAUCUUAUAUUGUUUUUAUAAACAGAUUUUCUUAUUAUAUGUAUAGAUGUUUUGAGUAAAGUUACAUUUUAAUUACUUUCGAAAUUUAUUAAAUAGUGUCUGGUAUAUUUUUAGUGCUACAUGUGCCAGAAACGGAGGCUUACGACGAUGAUUUAACUCAGAUGGAGGAGGAGAUACCAAGAAAGCGACAAUGCGUAGAAGCACUUCGACUGGAACAUGCAGGUGCAGAGCGUCAUCCUGUCGUCGUUCUUCUGGGGCUACAUCAUCCUGCAGAUCCCGAGCGGAGAGAUGGCGGCUAAGUUCGGCGGCAUGGUGCUCAUCACCAUCUGCAUCGGUGUCAACUCCGCUGUGUCGUUACUGAUCCCUAUUGGCUCUUAUUACGGAGGGUGGAAAGUAAUCUGCGCUUGUCGAGUUCUUCAAGGGUUGUCGCAAGGGCUGCUGUUCCCAUCAAUGCACAACUUGAUCGGCAAGUGGGUGCCGCUGGAGGAGAAGAGUCGACUUAGCACUAUCAUCUAUGCUGGUGCUCAGCUCGGAACAGCGCUUCAACUGGUGGUGUCCGGGUUCAUCGCGGAGGCGUGGGGCUGGCCCGCCAUCUUCUACGCCAACGGCGGGCUGGGCGUGCUGUGGGUGGUGGCCUACGUGUUCCUCGGCGCCGACUCCCCGCGACAGUCGAGGAUGAUCAGCGACGAGGAGAGGCUGUACAUACAGAGCUCGCUGGGACACGUUGGCACUGAACAUAAGAAACUGCCAACGCCCUGGAAGGCCAUUUUCACGUCUCUGCCGUUCAUCUCGCUGAUCGUCACCCACUGCGGACAGAACUGGGGCUUCUGGACGCUCAUGACGGAGAUGCCGUCUUACAUGAAGCAAGUGCUCGGCGUCGAUAUCAAAGCGAACGGUAUGAUGUCCGCGCUGCCGUACCUGGCCAUGUACAUGCUAAGCUUCCCCAUCGGCUUCAUGUCGGACUACAUCCUCAAGAAGAAAUGGCUCAGCGUCACCGCCAACCGGAAGUUGUCCAACUCUCUCGGUCAGUGGGGCCCGGCGCUGGCUCUCAUCGGGCUGUCGUACGUGCCGGCGGGGCACGUGGCGCUGGCGGUGGCGCUGCUCACGGCCGUGGUGGGGCUCAACGCUGGACACUACACUGGCUUUAUGAUAGUGCACAUCGACAUGGCGCCCAACUUCGCUGGCACUCUGAUGGGCAUCACCAACUGCUUCGCGAACUGCGUCUCCAUAGUUGCUCCGCUGGCUGCGGGGGCCAUGCUCACCGACGAGACCGACCCACACCAAUGGCGCACAGUGUUCUACGUGUCGUCCGCCAUUUACUUCUCGUUCAACCUGUUCUUCGUCAUCUUCGGCUCCUGUGAGAAGCAGCCGUGGAACGAAGUUCCUCAAGACAAGGAUGAAGAAAAGAACUCGCACGUAGAAAAGAAAAUAAGUGCCUUUUAAAAUGUAAAAAUUGCGAAAACUGUGCAAAGAUUAAGUUUGAAGAGAUAGUCGGAUCAUUAAUAAUAAUUAUUGUAAUAAUCUUAGCCAAAGUUAAUAAUAGUAAGGUUUAAAGACGUUUCUACUGCUGAAUAACUCGAGUUUACUCUAUUAUACUUAUUGUUAUUACCUGAGAUAAUUUUUUUUUUCGUUUUUACAUUGACAUUAAUUUAAAUUGGUAGAACGAAGGAUUAACUAGGAACACUGUAAUAAUGUGAUGUUGAAGUUUAGUAUAAAUGUGAUCAAGCUUAGUGAUAAAUAAGUUGUACCGAACAACUGAACAUUAAUUGUUAACCGACUUCUAAAAAGCAGGAGGUUUUUAUAUUCUUCGGUGUAUAUAUGUUGUCUCUUUUUUGUUUCGCUGUCAAAUAUAAUAACUCAAUGGCCGUACUUAAAAAAAUAAGAUAAUUUGUAAUCGGACCAACUAGCAUACUUAUAGUUAUUAAAGAUACAACAAUUUUAUUUCACCGAUAAAAUAACUUUUUACUAUUUUAUGUAAGUAUAAAGGCUAGUGUGUAUAUAAAAUUGUGUAUAUUUUGUUUAUUUGUAAAUAGAUGUCAAUACUAUUUUAUUUGGUCAGCUACUGUGACCCAUGCAUCCACUGCUUUGGUCACUGGGCAGUGGGCUGUUCAAUGCGCUUAAUGCACUGACACUUGUGAAAUAGCUGUGAUUUGUAUACUAGGUGAAGACAGAGAAACUAGGUGAAGUUAUUGUCACUCAAUAACUUCACCAAGUUUCUCUGUAUGUAGGUGAAGUUAUUGUCACUCAAUAACUUUACCAAGUUUCUCUGUAUGUAGGUGAAGUUAUUGUCACUCAAUAACUUCACCAAGUUUCUCUGUAUGUAGGUGAAGUUAUUGUCACUCAAUAACUUUACCAAGUUUCUCUGUAUGUAGGUGAAGUUAUUGUCACUCAAUAACUUCACCUAGUUUCUCUGUAUGUAGGUGAAGUUAGUGUCACUCAAUAACUUUACCAAGUUUCUCUGUAUGUAGGUGAAGUUAUUGUCACUCAAUAACUUCACCAAGUUUCUCUGUAUGUAGGUGAAGUUAUUGUCACUCAAUAACUUCACCAAGUUUCUCUGUAUGUAGGUGAAGUUAUUGUCACUCAAUAACUUCACCAAGUUUCUCUGUAUGUAGGUGAAGUUAUUGUCACUCAAUAACUUUACCAAGUUUCUCUGUAUGUAGGUGAAGUUAUUGUCACUCAAUAACUUCACCUAGUUUCUCUGUAUGUAGGUGAAGUUAGUGUCACUCAAUAACUUUACCAAGUUUCUCUGUAUGUAGGUGAAGUUAUUGUCACUCAAUAACUUUACCAAGUUUCUCUGUAUGUAGGUGAAGUUAUUGUCACUCAAUAACUUCACCAAGUUUCUCUGUAUGUAGGUGAAGUUAUUGUCACUCAAUAACUUCACCAAGUUUCUCUGUAUGUAGGUGAAGUUAUUGUCACUCAAUAACUUCACCAAGUUUCUCUGUCUGUAGGUGAAGUUAUUGUCACUCAAUAACUUCACCAAGUUUCUCUGUAUGUAGGUGAAGUUAUUGUCACUCAAUAACUUCACCAAGUUUCUCUGUCUGUAGGUGAAGUUAUUGUCACUCAAUAACUUCACCUAGUUUCUCUAUCUACUGGCAUUUGUUUUAUGUAUUAAGUGCAAUGAUAAAGUGUACUUAAGUAUAGUUUUUUGUAAAUAAAUUAACAUUGAAGUGAAAAAA